AUGGACGCGCAGCUAAGCAUUGAAACGUUACUGACCGCCGCUAGACUACUCGAUGGAGGAGGACACAAAGUCAGCUCACUUAUUCAACCGUUAUCCAAUGCCGUACAAUCAGAACUCAGGGAUGUUUUUCCAAGGAAAGUACGUGUGGAACGUAAACUGUGUUCGGCUUCAACCAGUGCCCAACCUUACUGUAUUGCCUCAUCACCACGUAAAAACUCGACGAAGCACAGUCGGGCUGCUCAUAAUGAGCUGGAGAAGACACGUCGUGCAAAUUUGCGUGGAUGCCUGGAAACGCUAAAAACUCUCGUGCCACCAAUUGCUGAUGCGUCUCGUAACACAACGUUGGCAUUGCUGACGCGCGCCCGUGACCACAUUAAGCAACUCGAACAAGGAAAUGCCGCACUGAUCCAGGAGCGUGAUCGAUUGGAAGAUCAGAAAUCCUUGCUACAAAGUGAAUUGGAACGUCUGAAAGAAGGCACGUCACAGUCGACAUCACCUCGUCCCUCAUCCACGGUGUCUCGUCUAUCACGUGAUUCACCCGUAUUUCUUGAAUAUUCACCUUCAUCUAAACCGUCACAAUCUCCUCAGCCAAUGAUCAUUGAUCCGGUUGCUGAAGGCUUACUUCCCGCAUUGCCGAUUUGCUAUCCGCGGCCCUCGCUUUAUCCCUACCUCGAUCUCACAACUACUUCUCUGCCGCGUACCUCGUCAUUCGAGGUGUCAUCGUUCUUGCCGAUUCAUCUUCGUGUAUGA